CCCUGUGCGUAAGAUAUGGAAUCUACCGGCGCCAGUUCCGACAGUACACAGGCACGAUUCAUUAAAGAGACUUCUCUCCGCUUCGGACAGCCGCAGAGUUUUUAGGAAGAGUUUAACAAUUGGUCUGUGGACAAUUUGAACCGGUGGCAAAUUACGAAUGUCAGCAGACAUCUUGAGGAUUAACAUUCUUUGUACAUGAAUAACAGGGGAAAAAUAAACAGAGGAUUGGAGUGCUGAAAUGCUAGUUUGCGCAGUGUUCCUGAGCAUUGUUGAGAGCAAAGCAGCAGGAUCUCUAUUUCUCCAAAAAAUAAGGACAUGUGAAAAAAUUGAAUAGGGCAUCAUCAACUGAAGCAGUAAGCUCACGACACAUAUUUUAGUAAUCUGAAGGACCAUAGUGGUGUUCCUGGGUCUGUUAGUGUACAAAAGGUUUUCAGUAGCAUCUAGAAAACUUUUCGAAACAUUUUCGAAGCGCGGACAAUUUAGACAUGGAGGUUGCAGCCGAUCAGUCUCGAUGGAUGGCCCAUCAUCAUGCGGUACUCAACGGCCAGCACCCAGAUUCCCAUCAUCACGGGCUUACACACAAUUACAUGGAGCCCAUGGCACCUCUUCUACCCCCGGACGAGGUGGAUGUGUUCUUGAAUCACUUGGACUCGCAGGGGAACCCGUACUACCCCAGUUCUCGGGCUAGAGUAUCAUACGGUCAAGCGCACGCUCGUCUCACGGGAAGUCAGGUCUGCCGGCCACACCUCAUACACAGUCCCGGUAUUCCUUGGCUGGACAGCGGGAAGGCAGCGCUCUCCGCCGCCCACCACAACGCCUGGGCGGUCAGUCACUUCAGCAAGCCUGGCCUGCACCCCGCCAGCGCCGGCUACCCGUGCAGCAGCAGCACCAGCACCGCUCCCGUCUCCUCCCUCACAUCCGCAGCCCACUCCAGUCCACAUCCCCUCUACAAUUUCCCCCCAACCCCACCGAAAGACGUCUCACCGGACCCCGGUCCUUCUUCUCCGAUCUCCACCACUGCAAGAAUGGAUGAAAAGGAGUGCAUCAAGUACCAUGUGUCCAUCGCCGAUGGGAUGAAAAUGGAGGGAUGUAGUCCUCUUCGGGGAAGCCUGGCUAUGAGCGCCCAAACACCGUCCACGCAUCAUCCCAUCCCAACCUACCCAACGUACUCUCUGCCCGCGCCACACGAGUACGGCGGGGGUCUGUUUCAUCCUGGUACCCUCCUCAGUGGAUCCGCUUCAAGCUUCACACCUAAAUGUAAAAGCAAGACACGGUCGUGCUCAGAAUUCUGCACAGAGGGGCGUGAAUGUGUGAACUGCGGAGCCACCUCCACCCCGCUGUGGCGGCGGGACGGAACGGGCCACUACCUCUGCAACGCGUGCGGCCUGUACCACAAGAUGAACGGCCAGAACCGACCCCUUAUCAAGCCAAAGCGCAGACUGUCUGCUGCGAGGCGAGCUGGCACCUGCUGCUCGAACUGCCAGACAACCACGACCACUCUGUGGCGGCGUAACGGGAACGGUGACCCGGUGUGCAACGCCUGCGGGCUCUACUACAAACUCCACAACGUGAGUAUUAAGAGCCGCAAACACUGAAAGUGACAGCGAAGUGGUCAAGUGGGCGGACAGCUUGUAUCGAUUGAGGAGAGGGAAGACUGAGGCCGGGGACGCAAAGCCGGCUUUCCCUGUCAGACAGAGCCCGUUGACCGUUUUCGUUUUAGAUGAAUCCAGCAUUGUUUCAAAGGAGGGCGUUAUUCCCAGGAGGGACGGCAGGGCGGGUCUGCCAUUCAAGAUACGGCGUCAGUUAUAGGCUAUCAAUUCGGAGUUGUCUGAAACUAGCGUUUUUAAUGUUAAGCUUGGCUGCGAUCUAUUUAGCAGACGAAUUAAUACAUUUCACUUUAAUGAAGCAAGCGAAACA